AUGCCGGACGAAAUGAAUCUACGAAAGCAACGCGUGGGCACCGAGACCGAAGCUAGCAAUCAUCCACGUGCUGCUGGUCAGGUUCUCAAUGAGCGCUCCAUUCGAGCGGAAGGAUUCUUCGGCGGCGAGCGUGUGUACGAUCUCAGCGGGUCUAGUAAUGGGCCGCCUCCGAAUGUGCCUGUGCUGGGCUCCGAUCGAGACGACCGAGGCAGGAAGAGGAAGGUGGGCGACUUGGACGUUUCAAUGGAUCCAGACGCACUGGCGAGGGAUGACAAGAUGUCUAAAGAGGAGCUGAGGCGGAGAUUUGAAGCGGAGAGCGUUCAGCAAAACAGAGGAGGCUGGCAAGGCGCAGACUCUGAGGACUUGAGUGGCGUGUUUGCGGAAGAGAGCGCAAAGCGACAGAAGCGGGAGGCAGAUAGGCAAAAGAGAGGAGGGGGCGGUGGUGGUAGAGGAAGGGGCAGAUGA